AAGAAGAGCCGGAGGCAAGUGCUGUAUGAGCGGGAGAUGCAGCAACUCCCUGGCUCCUUGCUGGCGCGAUCAUACAUUGCUGGGAUAUAGUUGGGUAAACUGGGAGCUGCCACCACGGAGAGACCACAGGAACCCCCCUUGGGCCCUCCAUGUCCCUUUGACGGGGCCUUUUGGACUCGAAGACCCCCCCACGCACCUCAGCAGGGGUGCUUUGCUUGCAUCUCUAAGACACCUCCUGUGCAGCAAGGAUCACCUGUACUGUCUCCCUCUUCUGCUGUUUGCCUCAUGGAGACCAAGAGCUGCAAAGGGGAUAGCCUACGGCCACCCAUCCAGUGCAAACACUCUGUAGAGAAGAAGACGAUGACUAAUCCCACCACGGUGAUUGAAAUCUACCCAGACACCACCGAGGUGAACGAUUACUAUCUCUGGUCCAUCUUCAACUUUGUAUACCUCAAUUUCUGCUGUCUGGGUUUCAUUGCCUUGGCAUAUUCUCUGAAAGUUCGGGACAAGAAACUCCUCAAUGACCUGAAUGGUGCUGUCGAAGAUGCCAAGACUGCUCGUCUUUUUAACAUCACCAGCUCAGCACUAGCCACCUUCUGCAUUAUCCUUGUCUUCAUCUUCCUGCGAUACCCAAUCACCGACUACUAGAAUGUGGCCAGCAGUUGCUGCCCAACUUUUCUCCAUGCUGGAAGCCAUCAUUGAGUUUCCUAUAGAAGGGUUGCAAAGAAAUCAGCCCCCCUAAACAACUUCCUCUCAAUGGCAAAAAGUUGCUCCCAAACAAAUCAAAGAACAACCAGGACUUUCCCGACACUCCCCCAAGGCCUGACUUGUAUGCAAACUUGUGUAGCAGAGUUUUACUUUUACAUUUUGUACACAAAGUAUUUAUUUUCAUGAUAAAGAAAUAGGGUUUGAUGGUGAGAAAGAAAUUUGGUGCAGAUUAAUUGAAGGGGAUGGUGGACUGCAACAAAGGAGAAGGAUGAGAAGAAGUGGAAGAAAUAUUGGCUCAUCAGGGACCUGGAGAAGGUGAAAUAACCAGCUUGACUGCUGAACUGAGAGGAUGCAGCAGAGGGCCCUCUUGGACAAGUUGAACGGCAAAUUUACUUUGGAUCUUUCAAUGCAAAGAUUCAGAGCUCAAGAAAGGGAAUGGGGAAAAAAUUGCUUGCUGCUAAGAGAUAGGCAUGGCCUUUGCAGAACAUAUCAGUCGCAUUCAGACUGCUUCCAGAUUCUGUCUCUCCUACUCUGUAUCCCCAAAACAGCACAUCUUUGCCAUAUAGGUUUUACCUAAUUUCAUAUUGGUUUUGAAUGAUGCCCAUACUGGCUUGCGAAAAAUUUUUAAAACAGGACAUUUGGAUUAGAAAAAGUUUAAAUAAUGACUCCUAGAAAACCCUGGAAUCUUCCAGGGUAAAUCCCAGAGAAAUGUCUAUUGAUCUUUGGAACCUCAUGGAAACACUAAGAAUGUAAACAACUUACAGAAAAUUUGCAUAGAUCCUGUAUCUCUCUCAACAUUCAAUAAAAAAUACCUCUAACCAUCAAA